AUGCCCACCCCUCUUCCUAAGUUACCCGGCUUCAAGAAGCUGAGCGGCCCUACAGAAGGCAAGCGCCAUGAGGAUGGCGUCCGCUACGCUCCAAUAACCGAAUUGGGCAUUUCAUAUAUUGAUUUUCGCGAAUGCCGCGAUGGAAUCAAAUCUGGCUCGUCAGAUCCGAACAAAAUUUACUCGGUUGAACCGACUUUGCAUAGUCCUGGUGACCGAGGCAUUAAUUUGUGUAAACGGAUCCGCAGUGAGCAUUUUAUUUCCGACGAGUACCACGACCACAAUGGUCUCAAUUGCUAUGCGGAUUACCAUAACGCAAGCCCACAGGCUUUCCUGUUUGGAAAAAGCUCUUAUGUCAAAGAGGCGGAGCUACCUGCAGUGCUCCUGCAGAAACUACGAAAUUUGUCGAAGCAUAAUCGCACAAAAGAAGAGAGAAACAACAACAUUCUUCGCAAGAUGUUCGUGAUCACUUGGGACUCCCAAUUGGAAGAGAGUUUUCUCCGUCGCUCCAACCUUACGGGCCUCUACGAAUCAGACAAUGUGCUCAACAUCACCCCGUUGGAUUUACAACUCCAUAGCAUCUUUACCGACCACUUUGGAUCCGGAGAUAGGAUUGGCAAGAAUGCUAGAGCCGCAAGUCUUUCUCUGGGGAUUCCUACGCACGUCGAGGGCUCAGAAGACCAAAUCCAUCACAACGCCGGGAAUGAUGCUGCCUUCCAGAGCCAGAUGUUCCUCGCCGUUGCGUUCCUCAACGAGACACAAUACCAAGCUUACACCAACGGCCAAGAGAUCUCGGACUUCCUCCCACCCUGCUUCAGUGGAUUCACACCUUUUCAGGUGAACAAGCUGCGUCCAUUCGUUCCAGCACCAAAGCGGCCGCGUCCAGACAGCCCUGUUGAUAAUGAAACCGAGCCUGCCGCGAAGUCUCGUCACAUCGAAUAUGCACCUGAUCCCAAACCUGCCGAGUCCCAUCUCCGUGUUUCGAUGAACGCAUCGGACAUCGAAUGGAUCCCAAAAGGUUGGAUGGUUGAAGAGGAUCACACAAUAUCGGUGCCUGAAUCUCUUGUGCGUCAAUCUCUUGAACAUUUCGUCAAGUCGGGGGGAUACUCGUCAGUGUCUGCCGUCCGGGAUCGGGUGCUUCCCAAUCCUAGUCAAGACUGA